AUUACUCCCAAGGCUUUAGUCUGAAUGUGAAAGUUUUUCAUAAAGUCAAAUACUGUAGGUCCGAGUCACAAUUUGGAUACAACGUGGAGGGACGAAGGGGUGUCUUUGUUCUGCAGCAGCGUCAGUCCCGGCAUGUGUAUAAUCCUGGUUCGGAGAGGGGCGGGGAAGCAGCGUGCAGUUCACACCCAGUGCGAGUGUGAGCUUCUGGCGGGGUGCUGAGGAGGAGAGGCAUCAGCCAGAGGUGGAGGAGAUGGGCUCACAUACAUGAAUCACAUGUCCACCUGCAGACGGGAAAGAAUCUCAGAAACAUUGGAGGACGACCAAUUUGGGCUUUUCUUUGUGUGUGAGGAAUCCGUGUUGUAGGUCACUGCAGCCGCCAACAUCAGGAGCUUACUAUCGGACGUCUGCACAACCUGAAUAAAUCUACAUUGAGAAGAAUGCAUCCAAACAACUACUUACCUGAGCUGGAGGCUGAGAAAAAGACGUUGGACCCUCAGUUUGUUCAUGCUGUUCGCCUGCUUGCGGAGGAAAUUGAAAAGCAUGAAGGUGAUGAACUGCGAAAAGAUGGCAUUAUGAAGAAAUACCUUGAUAUCAUCAGCAAUAAAAAUAUCAAGCUGUCCGAGAGAGUUCUCAUCCCGGUGCAACAGUAUCCUAAGUUUAAUUUUGUUGGAAAGCUGCUGGGGCCUCGGGGAAAUUCCAUGAAAAGGCUACAAGAGGAAACAGGAGUGAAGAUGUCCAUCCUCGGAAAAGGGUCUAUGAGGGAUAAAGGCAAGGAGGAAGAAUUGAGGAAAAGUGGAGAGGCCAAAUAUGCACAUCUGAGCCACGAUCUUCAUGUUUUAAUUGAGGUUUUUGCUCCACCGGGUGAGGCCUAUUCCCGUAUGAGUCACGCCUUGGAGGAGAUUAAGAAAUUUCUUGUUCCAGAUUACAAUGACGAGAUCAGACAGGAGCAACUACGAGAGCUCUCGCUGUUGAAUGGCUCUGACGAGUCCAAAACAGGCAGGAGCACACAAGGAAGGAGCUCCAGGGCAGCAACUACAGUAUCCAGCAGGGCCCGGAGGAGCACGGGAAGGAGUGGGGUAACACCUCGGGGCACGGCGACGGCUGCGCACGGCAAGCUCACUGCGUCUGUUUUAAAGAGAGACGCUCAAGUCCCAAGAGCCAGGGCGGCAGCAAAGGCGGCAAGUGUAGGGUACCGACCCUCGCUGUUGGCAGGCGCUCAUGAAUCAUACGACGACUACGGCUACGACGACGGAUACGGGGGAGAAUACGACGACGAAAGCUACGACGCUUACGACGACAACUACAGCAAUCACUCCAAGAGCAUCUCAGAUUACUAUGAAUACGGCCAAGGAAUAAAUGAGGAAUCCUACAGUAACUAUGAGGACGAGUGGCCCACUUCACGCCCCAGUCUUAAAGCUCCGGUUCUGCAGGUGACGCGAGGCGGAUACAGAAAACAUCCUUAUGGUAGAUACUGAAGGUGCUCCAUACAUCUGGCCUGUCUAAUUACUUUCAUAUGUUGAUUGAUUUCAAGUAAUGUUUGUCCGUUCCAUACAUCCAGUAUAAGCCCCUAAAGCAGCUGUUUUCAAAGUGUGAAAAAAGCACGUCUGGGCAGCAACUUGAGAAAACUUGGCAAAAUGUAUUCACUUUUAGCCUUUGGUCUUUAAAUUGCUGAAAUUUAAUUAUUAAAUAUUUUUUUGUUGUUUUUGGACAACAAUAUAUUUUUUACUUUACAAAUGACUAUUUGAGUGGCGGUCCAUGGGCCAAGUCCAGCCCAUGAAUGGCAUCAGACUGGGCCACUCCUAGAGGUCCUUUGAUUGAUGUUUUUUUUUUGUAAUAGGUCUGUAAAGAAGAAAGCUGAUGGCUCCUGUCAUAUAGAGGAUCUUUGACUUUUUGCACCUAGUGCUUCUGUUGUGUUGAGGAUCUUUGACUAGCGUUUUUGCAGGAGGUUCUUAAAAACCGUAGGGCAGGGGUGCUCACACUUUUUCAGCAUGCGAGCUACUUUUAAAAUGACCGAGUCAAAAUGAUCUACCCACUACAAAAAUGCAAAACAUCUAUUUAUUUUCAAAUGUAUUGAGGAUUAUUUGUACGUACAAUGUAUGUUGAUGUACCUUACAUAACCAAAUGAGCCAAUAUUGCAAAACACACAUAAUUAACUAUGAACAUUUUUUGUAAUUACCUCCACAUUACUCCACAUUUCCCUUCUUUGGUACUGCGAUGGUAGAAUGGCAUAUGAGGCAAACGCACUUCGAAAAAGACAUUGUGGAAAAAAAAGUCCACCUCCCAUUCCGUAUGGAAGUGAUAUGUUUUUGCCUUUUUACUUGGUCCAGCUCCUUCACUCAUUUUAGUGACCAUAAACUUUAGCGAGGGCUUAAAAUCUGACGCAAUUCGCCGACUAGCUUAGCACUUUGCAUCGUUGUUUACGCAUGAGCGGUGACCUAAAGGUCAAAAUUCAGUUGUCAUCUGACUGGUUGUCCUGUAUGUCAAUCAAGUAACGGGGAUGGAUGAUAGGCUGACAUCGUAAGUUCUGCUGCACUUAGAGACGUUGUUUGAUUUGAUUGGUCGCCCGAAGGGCAACAUUCAGUUGUCAUCUGAAUGGCUGCCCUGUAUAUCAAUCAAGUGACGGCAUUGAUGCUGGGAUGAUAUUUUUUUAAUGUCACGCCGCGAUCGACCAGCGAUCGACCAGUACCACCUCCGCGAUCGACCGGUAGCUCGCGAUCGACUUAAUGAGCACCCCUGCCGUAGGGUGAUCCUGUCCUAUAGGGCUGCGGUCACCAACCAUUGUGGCCCACAGACCGGCUACCGUCCCCAGCACACACCCAGGUGAUGGCUGGGCAAAAAAAACUAAAAGCCCGAGCUGACAGCUUGAUGUCGAUUACGACUUUUAAGGCAUUAAGUGAAGGUGAAGGUCAGUGAAGGUCGACAAUGUGGCACACGCCAGAGUAGGAACACAGAAUGACUACAGCGUCACCACUGAUAUCAGCAUAACGUCAUUGUUUGUUGUGCUGGCAUCAAUUCACUUGAGGCAGUUCAAAUAUGCACCAAAACGAAAGAACAACAAUAAUAACCAUUUUUUUUCCCCAAUUUCUGACUUGGUGCACAAUUGAAAAAUAGACACAACAUAAAUCGGCGGAUUGUCCAACUUUGAUUUGAUGCAAGUCAUGUGACCUGAAAGUGAUGUUCUUUGGAAGACUGCCCAUUUUGACCAUUUUCCAAUUGUGCGCAAAAUCGAAAAUUUUGUUAUCCGUUUUUUGUUUUUGGUCUAGAAACAAAUUGAAAUGAUGAUGGGGGGGUACCUGGGGACCCCUGAUACUUUUUUUGUAUUAGGUCCUGCAAAACUCUACUGUCUUAUAGUGGAUUUUGACUAGGUGUUUUUUCUGUUGGUCCUUAAAAACGGCAACAACAAACCAUAACAAAAUAAUAGGUAUCAUAUACUGUGUUUACUAAAUAUUUUCAAAAUUCCUCAAAUUUACACUUUGAAAACCACUGCUUUCGUGCACAUACAUUUAUUUAUCUUGUUCCCUUUGAAGUGAAAAAAAAAACUUUGUACACAAUGAUUAGCAAUUGCAUUUCUUUUUUACACAUUUUCCCUUUUAUUACCCUUAAAGCCAUGCUAAUCACAUACCAUGAAAAUAAUAGUUUUGCCCUUAAAUCCAACCUCGAUCCUCAUUAAAACUAAUCAAAAACUCUGCACACCACUUUUAACUAGUGAAUGUGGAUUUGGAAGCACAGGUACCAAGAACCGCAGAUUGGUGACAAUGAAUAAAAGAAUAAAAAACGUAAUGUGCAGCUCGAAAUCUUUACCUGAAGUUACAAAAGGACUUUAUUACGUAGACCAAAUUUUGGUUUAAUGUGGUUUUCCGUUCAAUGAGAUACAAUCGAUGCAAAAAAUGUUUUCUUUUGGAUUUGAAAGCAAUCAACCAUUGUACAGUGUGUACUUUAUAAUGAGUGCUUUUGUGAAUUGUGUCCAAUCGAAAGUGAAUAAAAGAUUCUAACACAUUGUGCCGCUCGAAAUCUUUACCUGAAGUUGUGUUAAAAUGGACUUUAUCGCCUAGACUAAAUCUCCGUCUGUGUUUUUUCAUCCUCUAAGAUACAAUCGAUGCAAAAAAAUUGUUUUUUCUUGGGGGGGUUGAACGCAAUCAAGCAUUAUACAGUGUGUACUUCAGUGUGUACUAUAUGAGUGCUUAUGUGACUUGUGUCCAAUCUGUAUUUGUGCAUAGAGUAUUUAAUAAAACCAAAACCAGCACCAUGUUUUAGAAUCUUUAAAUAAGUGGGGAUGUUUAUGAUUUAAUCUGUAAAAUGUAUUUGGUGCUGUUUUUUUACAAAUAAAUAUUUGCAUGAUUUCUACUAACUCACUGCAUAAACAGAGUAUUAACCUGUCCUAAAGUAACCUUUGCUUUUAUAAUUUCAAUUUCAGUUUACCCGCCUGAGUAACAUUCAUAUAUUUCAUAUUUACAAAGUAAUCCAUGUUUUUUUUACCCAUCCUGACAUCAGUAAAGAGAUUGACAUAUAGGGCUCUAAUUUCGUGGUGCAGCGCAGGGUGGCGGUUUCGUCCGGCGCACCACUGUGCGCAGCCAAUUUGGUCAUUUAGUCGACUGGGCUGCGCCAAGAUGAGUGUGGCGGCGCACCAGAGGGAAAUGUCCACAUUUUCAGCUUGGUGCAGUGAAAAUUCCGUGACAAAACAGCACAGGUCUAUUCUUGGCGCAGGCCAAGCGCAGCCAGGCACACCGAAACCUCACAUGGAGGUUUUUCAGAGUGUCAGGCACAUACGGUCAACGGCACAACGGGCUGAACCAGCAGACAUAACUGUGAGGAACCGAUGACGUGUCCCACAAGGUGGUCUCUGUGGUCCAUGACGUUACUGGACUCGCCUCUGAUGCGCAGUCCAGUGGGCCCAGCAUAUUUAAAGGCAAUGAGAAGCAUUCAUUUGAGUGGUUACGAUUACACUCUGCUGUGUUAAAUCCUCUCACGCCUUCUCUCCUCCCUCUUUGCCACUUGCGCCGGUGGGUGGGAUGGAGGCGUGGGUGCGCCGCACUGAAUCACAUGAAAAUUGCAAAGUGCGCUGGCCACACCCUGUUGAGGGCAGAUGUGCCGCGCCUGGUCUACGAAAAUAGAGCCCAUGGUGUUAAAGAGGUAAGAAGUGGCCUUAUAUUCUCUUAUCUUAACGAUAAACACGAGCUGUGCAUUCAGAGCACAACAAACAAGACAUCAGAAAUGUGAUUGCUGAGUGACAAAUUGCAGCGCUUUUAUCCGCAAUGUCUCUUCUAACCUUUUUUUUUCCUAACUUUUCUGGCACUGAACUUGAGAUCGUGCAAUGCAUCUUUAAACCUCAUGGCUGCCGUCCAGUUAAACUCUAAACAGGUAAACCUUAAAAUAUUAAUAUUAAUAUUUUAAUCUAACGUCCACUAACAAAAAAGUAAACCUGCCCUUUUUUAACCCAGAAUAAACCCCACUCUAACUAGACGCUUCUAAAUGCUACAUUGGUAUAAAUGACGAUAAACAACACUAAACUGAUGUUCUAAACUUCACAUGAAUUAAGAUAAUACGUUAAUACUAAAUUUCAGCACA